CUCUUCUAUCUGUGGUUGGUAGGAUUGAUAAGCACCUACGAACGACGACAAUCCGACGUCCGACAGAUCUUCGGGUGUCGUAUUGGAAUUUUAUCUUUUUAUCACAUUUAUUUUGCAUAUUUAAUGAAUUAAAGUUAUCUGUGUAAACUAUGUCCUGGUUAUUUGGGUAUAGUACGAAACCUCCGCAGCCGCCAACCGAUGACCCGUUGGGUAAUAACGGGGGUGCCGCGGCACCCCCAGUUAACCUCACAAAAGCAGAAAAGAAAGCAAUGGAAGCUUAUCGGUUCGACUCCAGCGCUCUUGAAAGAGCUGCGCAGGCCGCUAAAGAGUUGGAGCAGUCCAGACAUGCAAAAGAUGCAUUGGAGCUCAGCAAACUUCAAGAAGCUACGCGGCAACAAGAGCAGAUGGCCAAGAUCAAGGAAUAUGAAGCCGCCAUAGAACAAUCCAAGGUGGAACAGAAAAAAGUCGACUAUGAAGAAAGAAGAAAAACCUUACAGGAAGAAACAAAGCAACACCAAAUGCGGGCGCAAUAUCAAGACCAAUUAGCAAAGAAGCGUUAUGAGGAGCAGCUGGUCCAACAACAGAGGUCACAAGAUGAAAUUUUGAAGAAACAAGAAGAAAGUGUUGCAAAGCAAGAAGCAUUACGUCGAGCUACAAUAGAACAUGAAAUGGAACUCCGCGAGAAAAAUAAACUUAAGGCCAUUGAAGCAGAAGCGAGAGCUAGGGCAAAAGCAGAUCGUGAAAAUCGAGAUAUCAAUCUUGAGCAAAUCAGAUUGAAGGCUGCUGAGAACCGUACUACUAUUUUGGAGAGCAUAAAGACAGCGGGUAGUGUCGUAGGCACUGGGUUAAAUGCAUUAGUGACAGAUUGGGACAAGACAUUGGCAGCAGCUGGAGGCCUGUCACUUGUAGCACUCGGAGUUUACACCGCCAAAGGAGCUACUUCUGUCACUGCAAGAUUCAUUGAAGCUCGAAUUGGCAAACCAAGUCUCGUAAAUGAAACAUCGAGAUUCUCUCUGCUGGAAGCGGUGAAGCAUCCCAUCCUGACGGUGUCGAAGGCCUUAGCGAACUUCCGCAAGCCGUCGGACGCGCUGGCCGGCGUGGUGCUGGCGCCGACACUGGAGCGACGGCUGCGCGACAUCGCCAUCGCCACCAAGAACACGCGCAUGAAUAAGGGCUUCUACAGGAAUCUUCUCAUGUACGGGCCGCCUGGUACUGGGAAAACCUUGUUCUCUAAAAAACUCGCGAAGCACUCGGGCAUGGAGUACGCCAUACUGACAGGGGGCGACGUGGCGCCCAUGGGCAAGGACGCCGUCGCCGCCAUCCACAAAGUGUUCGACUGGGCCCACACCAGCAAAAAAGGUGUACUUCUAUUCAUCGACGAAGCUGACGCAUUCCUUAGAAAACGUUCCUCCGAAAGGAUCAGUGAGGAUUUGCGGGCGGCUCUGAACGCGUUUCUGUACCGCACGUCCGACCAGAGCAACCGCAUCAUGCUGGUGCUGGCGUCCAACACGCCACAGCAGUUCGACUCUGCCAUCAAUGACCGCCUGGAUAAGAUGAUCGAAUUCGGGCUGCCGGGCCUCGAGGAACGCGAACGUCUGAUCCGCCUUUACUUUGACAAAUUUGUCCUUCAGCCUGCUUCUGAAGGAAAAAGACGCUUGAGCGUGGACCAGUUCGACUACGGCGAGCUGUGCAGCCUGCUGGCGGCGCGCACGGCGGGCAUGUCCGGGCGCGCGCUGUCCAAGCUCGGCGUGGCGUGGCAGGCCGCCGCCUACGCCUCCGAUGACGGCCGCCUCACCCGCGAGAUGUGUAUCGAAAUUUGCGAUGACGCUGUAAACGAUCACCGGCAGAAAAUGGAAUGGCUGUCUUCAGAGGAAAAGUCCCGCAGCAUGAUGCCGUAUUUGCUGGACCUUCCUCCGCUGGAUACGGACGCGCGGGGCGCCGACAGAGCCACGGUCACUGAGAUCCAAGACACGGUAGAAGCUCCCGUCGCAAAAUCCAAAUCGCCUUCCAAGAAAAGAGCAACAAUCAAAGAAGAUGAGACCGAGAAGUGACACAGUCUAUUUCCGAGUAGCGAACUAGAAAGGCCAAUAGAACUUCCAAAAGUAAACAUCAGCAAAACACAAGUGAACUGUGAUAAUAAGCACAAACAGAGGUUUGACUUCAAAAUUUCCAGGAACAUAAAAUUUAUAGCGUUAUCGGACUGUGACAUGGAAAAGCUCUGCUGGUUAUCACGAAGGAUGAAAGAGCAGAUUUAGUGGAAUUAAGAUUAACUGUGUCGACGUCUCAUCGAUAUUGCCCCACCACGCUUACUUAUUAAUAAUGACCUUUAUUUCAUUGUAAAAACAGUUCUAAUUAGUACUUUAGUGCGUAAAAAUUCUAUUGUAACGUGGUCUCAGGCCAGUAUGGUGAUGCGUCGACACACCAUGGCUUUAAAUUACAUUAUAUAUAAGUCUGCUGGAUGGCUUAGCUAGGGGGUUGUUGUGUUACCAUUAAUGCCAUUAGUCAGUGAAACCUGUAUUUUGUAAAUUGUAUUAAAUAUUAAAUGUCAUUAAAGCUACACAUCCAACAUUAUAAUAAUUGCAAAACAUGCUUCAUACGCCUCCAUGUAUAAUAUUCCUUAAACCAAUUAGUAGACUAUUGUAUUCAAUUUAUGUUUAAUCUCAAUGACUUAACAGUUAACUGGUUUAACUGUAAUAACAUUUAUUUAUUAACCAUAUUCCUCUGUACCGUAGGUAGCGCGUUUUUAUUUCACGCAAGAUCGUAAGUGUCGAACCUACUGCAGAGUUAAAAACCUUUAAUAUCAGCAGCCCUACCACGAGUGCCUUAGCAGUGAAACAUAUUCGCUAAAGUCGACGUAACUUACUUUAACGUAACACAGAGAUGCACAGAAAGUUUAGUUAUGCACACACACACUAGCGAAUAUGUCAGUGUCAAACUGGUGGUAGCCGUACACUUAUUAACUAAACGAAACAUUCUGCAUUUAUACUAUUGUUGAUUUAAUAUUGUAAUGUGUUCAAAGUAUGUUUGGUAGAUGAAAGGUGGACGUAUAAUUGUACCAGUUAUAUGCCAAUCAAUAAUAAUUGUAAAAGGUAGUUUGUCCUUGGUCGGAAAGCGCGAGGCAAAAAGUUAAUUCUACAAGUUUGACUAUGUUCACUGUUAUGUGACAUACAAUAUAAAUUGUAUAUUCACACUAGCCUCAUACAAAAUUUAAAGCAGCAAUACUAAGCACACUGUUCAGCACAUAUUAGUCUAAAUGUAAUACUUUGUUUACUGUUGUGAAAUUUAUUAGUAUCUAUCACACAUAACAUAUUAGAAAGUUGUUAACCUA